AUGGCGCGUGGUUCCACGAAGCCCCGCGACCUCGACUUCUCCAAUGUGGGAACUCAUGGAAGACGGACGGGUCUCACGAUGGAGGAAAGGGAGCGCGACGAGUAUGGAAUGGAAGAAGUAGACGGUCUAUUCUCGUCUCCUGAGAAAUCACCCGCGAAAUUAAAUGGAUUCUCUCCUGCGGACGACGACACUGCCAGCUCUGAGAUGUCUAUUGAAGAUGGCAAUGCGCCGGGACCUAUGGAUUUUCUCAGCACUUCGAAUAACGCGCGCGGUGCUUUUCUACCCCCAGCAUCUCGAUCCCCUGCAAAAUUCUCUCGACGAUCUCCUGUCUUGCGAUCCUCACCAGACGAUAGAGAAGACCUCGUAGCGUCUAGCCCAUCGGAUGGUAGACGUCUGUCUUUUGCGCGAGGCGACCCAACUCCCUUGACCAAUCGCUCAGUGAAUGCAGGCGUAUCAAACAACAAGAGCACUGCGCGACAAAAGGGAAAAUCACGAUUAGUAGCCACGGAAGCGGCGGACUUUUCUGACGGCGAGGGUGAAGGCGACGAGAAUGAGGAUGCCUUUGCUGCUGGGCAGGAUGAUUUCAGCGAUGGCUACGACGAGGGUGAUGAAACUGUGAUGCCGCUUGAGGAGGAACCAGCGGAUGCUACGGCACAAGACCAGAGUGAACCAGAAGACGAGGUGUCCCCGGCACCCGCAGCCUCGCAACAGACAAAGACGACCGUAUCGAGUUCAAAACAGCCUAAAAAGGGACCCGCAGCAAAGACUACAAAGGCGACCAAGGCUGCUACCAAACCAACCGGGAAACGACGUCGCAUUGCGAAGACUCAGCAAGCUGAAGAGAACGAGGAGCCCGCCGAAGCUAGACCAACUAAGAAGCCAAAGACCACUGCCGCCGAGAGCUCUCAAGCCCCGCGCGAGCCCUUGGACCCGGAACUGGACCGAGUUGUCGAAAACUAUGCCCAGCGUUCGGGCCCAUUGAAGGGUCGCAGUCUAUAUAUUCUCAAGCGCGAAGACCCCAGCAGCAGCGAGACGACUCACACCCGCUCUGGACGAGUUUCUGUACGCCCUCUGGCAUAUUGGCGCAACGAGCGGUGUGUGUUUGGUGACGGAGAGGCCGCCGAGGGCCAACGAUACCCUCUCUCCACGAUCAAAGAGGUUAUCCGCACCGAGGAGCUUGAACCAGAUAGGCCGAGGAAGGGCAAGCGUGGCCGCAAGGGCAAGUCAAAGAAGCAAAAGGACGAGUCUUCAGACGAGGACGAGAUUGAUGACGAUGCGGAUCUUUGGGAGAAGGAAACCGGUGUUCUACAUGGCUACGUUUCCAAAUGGGACCCUGUGGCACAGACCAGCACGUCGGAGGAGGAAGUAGUAGACAUUGCAUACGCACCAUCUGGCUUCGAGACAAGGGAAGUCAAAGGCGCGUCAUUCCGCUUCGCAAAACUGCUCAGCUCUUCAUUCAUUGGCUCCGGUGUCGUUGAGCUUCCACCAGAUGGUGUCAAAAAGCCCAAGAAUUCGAAGAGAAUGCAUAUGGUGUUCUAUGUCUGCUAUGGCCGAGUACAAGUCGACAUUUGCGGUGUGCAAUUCAGUGCUGGCAAGGGAUCCGUGUUCCAAAUUCCACGAGGUAACUACUAUAGCUUCCAGAACUCGCAUGACAAGAAUGCCCGACUCUUCUUCACCCAGUGCUGUCUUCCGGAGGGGAGUGAAAUGCCCGUACAAUCUGAGACUGCCACGCAGAGCGAGUUUGAAGCCGAGAGCGGCACAUCGGAGCCCCCAGCCCCAAAGGCUCGAGGUCGCCCCAAGGGCAAGCAAAAGGCUAAAUGA